UAAUAUAAAUGAUAAUAUAAAUGAUAAUAUAAAUGAUAAUGUAAAUGAUAGUAGUGGUAAUAAUAAUCUUUAUGGUAGUAGAAUUAUUCAAAAAGGAAAGCAUAUGCAAAGUGACAAGAAGGAUGAAUGUUAUGAUAAAGAAGGAAUGAAAGAUAAUAAUCAUAUAAAUAAUGUACAAAGUUUAAUGCCCCUUGAUGAUUCCAUUAUGACCCCAAGUAACCAUAAUAAUUUGAAUUCUGAUUUAUUAUUAAAACAUAAGGAGCAAUCAUAUAAGAUGAAGAUGAAUAGAUACAGUGAAUCUAAUUUAAAACAAGCAGAUCUAUCAAUAUCUCAUGAUUAUUUAAACAAUAGUGUACUAUCAAGUAUUGGUUUUUAUAAAGAAAAUGAUUUGUGUUUUAUUAAAUAUAUAAUUGUAUGUAAUUUUAAGAGUUAUGAAGAUGAAAAUAUUAUCGGUCCUUUUUCAAAAUUUACUUCUAUUAUUGGACCAAAUGGAUCAGGCAAAUCAAAUAUUAUGGAUUGUAUAUGCUUUGCUCUAGGCAUAAAUAAUAAAUAUUUACGUGUGAAGAAUUUAAGAAAUUUAAUAUAUCAUAAAGAGAAUGAGAAAGUAGAAGAAAUACAUAAAAGAAUAUGCUAUGUAAAAAUAAUUCUAGAAUGUAAUAAAGAAAAUGUAGAAAUAAAAAGAACAUUAAAUUAUAAAGGUGUUAGUAAUUUUUAUAUAAAUGACAAAUUAGUUGAUCAAAAAGAAUAUAUGAAUUUUUUAAGAAAAAAUAGAAUUGAAACAAAAACUAAAACGUGUUUAAUUUUUCAAGGUGAUAUUGAAGAUAUUAUUAAUAAAAAACCAAACGAACUAGCCAAAUUAUUUGAAUAUAUUAGUGGUUCAGAUGAAUAUGAACAAAUAUAUGAAGAUAUAAAAGAAAAAUUAAAAGAGAAACAAAUAAAUUGUAAAAAUUAUUUAAAUGAAAAGAAAAAAAUAGAACAAGAAAUUAAAAUACAUAAAAUACAAAUGAAUGAUAAUAUACAACAUAAUAAACUUAAAGAAAAUUAUGAAUCUGAAAUUAAAUUAUAUUAUCUAUUUAAAUUAUAUCAUUAUUUUAAAAAAAAAGAAAAAUUUAAAGAAGAUCUACUUUUAUAUAAAGAAGAAAAAUUACAAUUUGAACAAGACAUUCUAAAUAAAAAUAAAAAAAAGGCAAAUGAAUUAGAAAAAAAUAAUUUAAUUAAAAAAAAGGAAUCCAUAAAAAUUGAAGAACAAAUAAAAACUCAUUAUAUACAACUUAAUCAAUUCACAAUAUUAUUAAACGAAAUAUCAGAAAAAAAAAAAUUCUGUAACGAUUCCUUACAAAAAUUUCUAUCUAAUAAAAAACUUAAAACAAAUAUGCAAGAACAUUGUAACAGGUUUAUAGAAAAUCUAAAUUCACAAAUAAAGGAGCAAAAUAAAAAACUAGAAAAUGAAUAUAAAAGUAAAUUAAAAAUUAAUAUCAAGUUCUUUUCACAAUAUGAAAGUAUACAAAAUAUUAUCAAGACAAAAAUUGAGGAACAUAAAAAGAUGAUAUCACUUGGGGGGGAAAAGGGGGAUCAUAAAUCGAGCGUAUAUUUGAAUAAUGAAAAUGUAAAAAAAAAUGAUAAAAAAGGAAAAAGGGAUAAAAAAAAAAAUAUAAACAUAAAUCGUGAUCAUAUAAAUAAUGAUAAUAUAAAUGAUGAUAAUAUGAAUAUAUCCAAUUCAGAUCAUUCCAAUAAUUAUAAUAUGAUAGAAUAUUAUACAAAUAUGCUAAAUUUUUUAAAGGAUGAAAAAAUAUUAAACAAAAUACAUAUCGAUAGCACAAAUAAUUAUGAAUGUCCAUAUGAGAAUUAUAAUAUUAUCGAAUUUAUAGAAAAUUUGGAUGAAUAUAAACAAUGUAAAGAGACCUAUUUAUAUUUAUGUGCAAACAGCAAUAUUAAUAUAAAUAAUUAUACUAAUUUAUCAUGCUCUUUAAAAAAAGAUAUUAAAGAAUUACAAGAAGAAUGUGAUACAUUAAAUAGGAAGAAACAAAAAGAAUUAUUAGAAUAUGAAUCUGAAAAAUUAGCAUAUGAUCAAUUAAAUGAUCGUAUAUAUAAAUUAAAUAAUAUAAUAAAGGAACAAGAUGAUAAUAUACAAAAUAAUAAAAUGAAAAUUAAAAUGUGGAAUGAUACUAUCCUACAAAAUGAAAAACAAAUAGAAAUAUUAGAAGAACAAACUAAUAUUUUAAAUGUUCAUAAAAAUGAAUUAAUAGCAUUUGAAAAAAAAAGAGAUAUUAUAAAAAAUCUACAAAAUAUAUUUGGACAGGAUCAAGUUUAUGAUGAAGUUAGUAAUUUAUAUCAAGUAAACAAUCAAAUAUAUUAUACUGCUCUAAAUAAUAUUCUAAACAAAUUUAAUAACUUUCUGGUUGUCAAAAAUAUUGAUAUAGGCAUGAAAUGCAUAAAAUAUCUGAAGGAAAAUAAAUUACAAAGAAUGGAUUUUAUACCUUAUGAAAAUUUUGUAUCAAAUUUGAAAAAAAAAAAAAAAAAUAAAAAUAACAUAAUAGAAGAUAAUUACACAAGAAGGGAUGAAAAACAACAACAUAUACAAAAUCAACAGGAACAUUAUGAUGAUUCUCAUAACAAUGAACAUAAUACAUAUGUUGAUAAGAAUAACACUAAUAUAUCUUCUUUUAAUAAUGUAGAAAAAGUUAUUAAUACAUUUAAAAAGAAAAAUAUAAUUCUUGCAAAUAAUUGUCUUGUAUGUGAUCAGAAAUAUAAAAUAAUGUUUGAUUAUUUAAUAGGAGAAGAUACAUUAAUUGUAGAUAAAAUAAAAGAUGCUGAAGAUAUAAAAAAUAAGUUUCCUUAUAUAAAUAUUAAUAUGGUCACAUUAAAUGGACAUGUUAUUUCUAAAAAUAAUAAUUUAAUUAUUGAUAUUACAAAUAAAUAUUCUGAUAUAGAAAAAUUCAAUAAUAAAAGAUUAAAUAUUAAUUUAUAUAAUAAACUAAUAAACCAGAAAGAAGAAUGUCUAAAUAAUAUCAAUGAUUGUAAUCGAAAUAUUAUUCAAACUAAUGAACUUAUAAAUAAACAACAAAGCGAAUAUGAAUUAAAUAAAAAAAAAAUCUCAAGUAUAUUAAUUAAAAAAAAUAUUUUUGAAAAUGAAAUUGAAGCUAAAAAUAAAGUUAUGGAACAUUAUGAACAAAAAAUAGAUAAAUUAAAAAAUAUAGAUUUAAAAAAAAAAUUAGAAUUAUUAGAUUCAUAUGAAAAAGAAUUAUUUAAAGAAAGGAAUAGUCUUUCAUUAUAUCAAAAAGAUGCUUUUAAAAAUUUAAAUGAAAAAUUUAAAAUAGAUAAUAUUUAUGAAAUUAUAGAACACAAUUUAAGAGAUAUGGACAAAAUUGAUGAACAUAUUAAUCGCAUAAAAAAUAAUAUAAAAAAAUUAAAUGAUGAUAUUAAUGAAUUAUUAGAUAAAAAAAAUGAAAUUAACUUUUUACAAAAAAAUGAACAAUCAAUAGAUGAAGAUAAUAUUAAAAAAGAAUUAAUAUCACUUGAAAAACAAGAAAAAGAUUCAAAUCAACAAAUUGAUAAUAUACAUAAAAUAUUACAAGAUUUAGAAGGAGAAAAAAUUAAUAUUCAUAAAAAUCUAAAUAAUCUUAAUCAAGAAUUAAAUCAACUUCGUGAUAAUAUAAAUAUUAAUUUUGAAAAAUAUGAACAUAUAGAAAAUAAAAUUGAAAAUUCACAAAAAAAAAUACAAAUAUAUACACAAUUUAUAAAUGAUCUAAUAAAUGAAUGUGAUAUAAAUAGUGUCAAUAUUUUCUUAACAAAUAAUCUUUUAAAGGAUAUUGAUGACCAAACAACUGAUAUGGAACAAAAAAUACACAAAAAAAAAAGAAAUAAUAAAAACAAAAAUAAUAAAAAAAAUAAAAAAAAUCAUAUGUCUAGUGAUCCACACCAAAAACGAAAAAGCAAAUUACUAGAAAGUAGUGACAGUGAACAAGAAGAUAAUACAUCUAAUGCAAGUAAUACUUCAUGUAAUAAUUCAGAAGAUGAAAAUGAUAUACUUGAACAAAAUGAAGAAAAACAAAAUAACAUACUCCUAUCAAAUAUAUCAUUCGAUCUUUUAUCAGAUGAAUUAAAAAAUAUGGAAAAUGAUAAAGAUAUAAACAAUCAAAAAGAAAAUAUGGAAAAAGAAAUUGAAAGAAAAAAAAAACUAUUAAAAUUAAAAAAUGUUAAUUGUAAUGCUGAAAAAGAAUAUGAAAAAUUAACAUCCAAAUUAAAAUCAAUUGAUGCAUCUCUUUCUGAAGAAAGAAAAGAAUGUAAUUUAUUUGAACGUAAUUUUAGAAUAUUACAAAAAAAAAGAUCUUACAAAUUCUUACAUUGUUUUAAUUAUAUUAAAAAUAUUAUAGAUAAUGUAUAUAAUAAUUUAACAUAUAAUGCUAAACAUCAUGUCGGUGGACAAGCUUUUUUAGACUUAUGUAAUUUUAAUGAAUUUAAUAAAGAUGAUGAACCUUUCUAUUGUGGUAUCAAAUAUAAUAAUAUGCCUCCUAUGAAAAGAUAUUUUGAAAUAUCUGAAUUAAGUGGAGGUGAAAAAAGUAUUAGUGCAUUAGCAUUAAUUUUUUCAAUUCAAAAAUAUAUUAAUAACUCAUUUAUUAUACUUGAUGAAGUUGAUGCAAAUAUGGACCCUCUCAAAAUUCAUUCUCUAACAAGAUAUCUAAAUUCAAUUAAUAGUCAAGUUAUUGUUAUUUCGUUGAAGGAAAAAUUCUUUAGUAAAAGUCAAUCCCUAAUCGGAGUAUACAAAAAUAAACAUAAAAAAUGUUCAAAAACAAUUACUUUGGAUAUAAGUAAAUAUCGACAGGAUCUAACAAACAAUUGA